GCGGCCCCGCCCCCGUCUCCCGGGCGCUCGGAGCCCGAGUCCGCGGGAAGAUGGCGGCCCCGCUCAUCCCGCUCUCCCAGCAGAUUCCCACUGGAAAUCCAUUAUAUGAAUCUUAUUACAAGCAGGUAGACCCGGCAUACACAGGGCGAGUUGGGGCGAGUGAAGCUGCGCUUUUUCUAAAGAAGUCCGGGCUCUCAGACAUUGUCCUUGGGAAGAUAUGGGACUUGGCCGACCCAGAAGGUAAAGGGUUCUUGGACAAACAGGGUUUCUAUGUUGCACUGAGACUAGUGGCCUGUGCACAGAGCGGCCACGAAGUUACCUUGAGCAAUCUGAAUUUGAACAUGCCGCCACCUAAAUUCCACGACACCAGCAGCCCUCUCAUGGUCACGCCGCCAUCUGCAGAGGCCCAUUGGGCUGUGAGGGUAGAAGAAAAGGCAAAGUUCGACGGAAUUUUUGAAAGCCUCUUACCCAUCAAUGGUUUGCUCUCUGGAGACAAAGUCAAGCCAGUCCUCAUGAACUCAAAGCUGCCUCUUGAUGUCCUGGGCCGGGUCUGGGACCUCAGUGACAUCGACAAGGAUGGGCACCUGGACAGAGAUGAGUUUGCUGUGGCGAUGCACCUGGUGUACCGAGCCCUCGAGAAGGAACCUGUGCCCUCUGUCCUGCCCCCAUCCCUCAUCCCACCUUCCAAGAGGAAGAAGACGGUGUUCCCAGGCGCUGUGCCUGUGCUGCCUGCCAGCCCCCCGCCGAAAGACAGCCUGCGCUCCACACCUUCCCACGGCAGCGUCAGCAGCCUGAACAGCACGGGAAGCUUAUCUCCCAAACACAGCAUCAAGCAAACACAGCCAACCGUGAGCUGGGUGGUGCCGGUUGCAGAUAAGAUGCGAUUUGACGAGAUAUUUCUGAAGACCGACCUGGACCUGGAUGGCUAUGUGAGUGGCCAGGAGGUGAAGGAGAUCUUCAUGCACUCGGGCCUCACCCAAAACCUUCUAGCACACAUUUGGGCCCUGGCUGAUACGAGGCAAACGGGGAAGUUAAGUAAAGACCAGUUUGCAUUAGCUAUGUACUUCAUUCAGCAGAAGGUCAGUAAAGGCAUCGACCCCCCUCAAGUGCUGUCACCCGACAUGGUCCCACCCUCAGAAAGAGGCACUCCCAUCCCGGACGGUUCAAGUUCUCUUGGAUCAGGGGAAUUUACUGGUGUGAAGGAACUCGAUGACAUCAGUCAAGAGAUCGCCCAGUUACAAAGAGAGAAGUACUCCCUGGAACAAGACAUUAGAGAAAAGGAAGAGGCAAUCAGACAGAAAAGCAACGAAGUACAGGAAUUACAAAAUGAUUUAGACCGGGAAACAAGCAGCUUGCAAGAGCUAGAAGCUCAGAAACAGGAUGCCCAGGACCGCCUUGAUGAAAUGGAUCAGCAGAAGGCCAAGCUCCGAGACAUGCUGAGUGACGUCAGGCAGAAGUGCCAGGACGAGACUCAGAUGAUUUCCUCAUUGAAGACCCAAAUCCAGUCUCAGGAAUCUGACCUCAAGUCCCAGGAAGAUGACCUGAACCGGGCCAAAUUGGAGCUGAACCGAUUGCAGCAGGAAGAAACCCAGCUGGAGCAGAGCAUUCAGGCUGGAAAAGUUCAACUGGAAACCAUUAUCAAGUCCCUGAAAUCGACGCAAGAUGAAAUCAACCAGGCAAGAAGCAAGCUUUCCCAGCUGCACGAGAGCCACCAGGAAGCCCACAGGACCCUGGAGCAGUACGACGAGGCGCUCGAUGGGGCCCACGGCGCCAGCCUGACCAACCUAGCCGACCUGAGCGAGGGGGUCUCCCUGACAGAGAGGGGCGGUUUUGGAGCCAUGGACGACCCUUUCAAAAAUAAAGCCUUGUUAUUUAGCAACAAUGCCCAAGAAUUGCAUCCGGAUCCUUUCCAGGCCGAAGACCCCUUCAAAUCCGACCCAUUUAAAGGAGCUGAUCCCUUCAAAGGUGACCCAUUCCAGAAUGACCCCUUCGCAGAACAACAGACAGCUGCAGCAGAUCCAUUCGGAGGGGAUCCUUUCAAAGAAAGUGACCCAUUCCGUGGCUCUGCGCCUGACGACUUCUUUAAGAAACAGACAAAGAAUGACCCGUUUACCUCAGACCCAUUCACGAAAAACCCUUCCUUACCCUCAAAGCUCGACCCUUUUGAAUCCAGUGAUCCUUUUUCAUCCUCCAGUGUCUCCUCAAAAGGAUCAGGUCCCUUUGGAACUUUAGACCCCUUCGGAAGUGGGUCCUUCAAUAGUGCUGAGGGCUUUGCUGACUUCAGCCAGAUGUCCAAGCCCCCAACUUCUGGUCCUUUCACCUCCUCCUUUGGAGGGGCAGGAUUCUCAGAUGACCCCUUUAAAAGUAAACAGGACACUCCCGCUCUGCCUCCGAAGAAACCUGCUCCUCCACGGCCUAAACCGCCCAGCGAAGCAAUGGCUGAUCAGGAAAACUCUGCGCUGUACACACUGCUGGGUGGUAAAAGUACACCUGUAAGCCAGCUUGGUUCUGCAGACUUUCCCGAGCCCCCCGAUCCAUUCCAGCCACUCGGGGCUGACAGCAGUGACCCGUUCCAAAAUAAAAAGGGGUUUGGGGACCCGUUUAGUGGAAAAGAUCCAUUUGCUCCCUCCUCUUCAGCUAAACCUUCUAAAGCCUCUUCCUUGGGCUUUGCAGACUUCACCUCUUUUGGCAAUGAGGAGCAGCAGCUGGCCUGGGCCAAGCGGGAGAGCGAGAAGGCGGAGCAGGAGAGGCUGGCGCGGCUGCGGCGGCAGGAGCAGGAGGACCUGGAGCUGGCCAUCGCGCUCAGCAAGGCUGACAUGCCCGCUGCCUAGGCGCCCGGCCCCGGCCACGAGCGCGCAGGCAGGGCGGCCACGGGCGGUUCUGCGAAAGGAGAAAACUCCAGUCUGUCUGUACACACACACACACACACACACACACGCUCGCAGUGGUCCCCAUUCACGUUGUGACAUGUCACAGCCACUGUUAUAUCAAGGACUCGCUGGUCAGAGGGCCUCGGGCUCUGGGGGCUCGCCCAGCAGAGAGGUGUCACUGCCGCAGAUCCCGCUCUCCGUGGUGACGUCCCUGUCGAGUGGCAGCACCGGGUCUCCCUCCACCUGGAGCACAGGGCGAGUAGAGGGAGCGCAGCGACUCCUUGCCUUUCAUCUCCUGCUCCUACUGGCGCCCGGGCGCACCCACCCCCCGCUGCCCCGACCUCCCUCCUGAGACAGACAUCUGGGCGAUGUAUGCAUUCGUUGUAUAAAAUUAAGUUUGAAUGAUUAAUAUAAAAUAUUUUAAUACAAAAA